AUGGCGGCGGCGAAGUCGAACCAACUCAGCACCCUUGUGCCCAACAUGUUCGCUGCGGGUUUGCUGGACGAUCAGUUCCGGCAGCUUGAGAUGCUCCAAGAUGAGGGCAACCCAGACUUCGUUGCCAAGGUUGUCAUGCUAUUCUGCGAGGAAGGAGAGCGUAUCAUUGGCGAGCUUGCCAAGCAAUUGGACCAACCAUGUGUGGACUAUGACAAGGUGGACACAUUUGUGGAUCAGCUCUGGGGAAGCAGUUUAUAUGUUGGUGCUCAGAGAGUGAAGAACACUUGUAUUCAGUUCCAUGAGUGUUGUCAGGAGAAGAGCAAAGUUGGGUGUCUGAAGACACUGGAUUCUUUGAGAAAUGAUUUCUAUGAUCUGUGCAGCAUGUUCAUACCAUAG